GGCGGUUGAAUAAGAUGGCGGAGUGUUUUGCUUGAGGCGUAGAUUGUUUGGAUCUGGGCAGAAAUAUUCAGAUGAAAGUGGUAAACCUGAGGCAAGCCAUUCUCCAGGCUUGGAAGGAGCGAUGGACAGACUAUCAAUGGGCCAUAAAUAUGAAGAAACUCUUUCCAAAGGGUCCAACCUGGGACCUCCUCGGACUCUCAGAUCAUCUGCUGGAACAAGCCUUGGUUGGCCCAUCACCAAAUCCUCUGAUAAUGUCCUAUUUGAAGUAUGCAAUAAGUUCACAGAUGGUGUCUUAUGCAAGCGUAAUGUCUGCUAUUGCAAAGUUUGAAGAUUACUCCAGAGAAUUGUGUGUUAAAGCUCUGUUAGAACUAAUGGACAUGUUUUGUGAUCGACUCAGCUGUCAUGGCAAAGCAGAAGAAUGCAUAAGUCUCUGUCGAGCAUUGCUAAGUACACUAGGAUGGUUGCUGAAGUGUGCUGCUCAUUUUACUGAAAGGCUGAAGGAUGGACCAGAUGCGGCUUCUGGGGAAGAACAACUCCAACUCUGUGUUAGUCGGAUUGAGAAAAUUGUGAACAGCAAGAAGAAUAGAGCUCUUCUUCAUAUUGCAAGGCUGGAAGAACAAGUUACGUGGUCUAAUGUGGAGCAAGCAUACAUAAAGCUAACAGAAAACUGUAACAAAAUAAGCAAUCAGCAGCUCAGGUUGAGGCUGGAAGAAUGUAUUGGAUUGAUUAAAAGUGUUCUAGUCAUAACAGCUCAGUCUGAGCAGAACACCAAGAUGGAAUUCCCCACUGUUCAUGCCCUGAUUAUGUUGGAGGGAACUCUCAAUCUCACAUCUGAUACUCAGUCACUUGUUGAACAGCUGAUCAUGGUGAAAAGAAUGCAGCGAAUCCCUUCGCCUCUCUUUUUACUGGAAAUCUGGAAGGCCUGUUUUGUUGGCCUUAUUGAAUCCCCAGAGGGCACUGAAGAGUUAAAGUGGACUGCAUUCACAUUCCUCAAGAUUCCACAGGCAUUACUGAAGCUUAAGAAAUACCCUCUUGGUGAUAAAGACUUUACUGAAGAUGUGAACACUGCUUUUGAGUUUUUGCUCAAACUUACUCCACUUUUGGACAAAGCAGAUCAGCGAUGCAACUGUGACUGUGUCAGUCUCCUGCUUCAGGAAUGUGGAAAACUGGGGUUGCUUUCAGAAGGCAACAUGAAAAACCUGGUUAGCAAAAGGACAGCGGAUAGAGAGUUAGCUCCACGACUAAAAUCUGCUGAAAAUGCCAGCAUUCAGCCCAAUCCAGGCCUUAUUCUGCGUGCAGAGCCCACAGUGACAAAUAUUUUAAAGACCAUGGAUGCAGACCACUCCAAGUCCCCUGAGGGGCUGCUGGGAGUCCUGGGUCACAUGCUUUCAGGGAAGAGCCUGGAUUUACUAUUGGCAGCUGCUGCAGCUACAGGAAAAUUGAAAUCUUUUGCUAGGAAGUUUGUCAAGUUAAAUGAGUUUGCCAAGCACAUCUGUGGAGAGGGGUCAAAAGCAGCCUCUGUCCGAGCAUUAUUAUUUGACAUUUCCUUCCUCAUGCUGUGUCAUGUUGCUCAAACUUACGGAUCUGAUGUAAUUCUGUCAGAGCCUUGCCCAUCAGGAGAGGUGGUAUUCUUUGAGACAUGGAUGCUGACUUGCAUGCCUGAGGAAGGGAAAAUCUUAAAUCCAGAGCAGGGAUUCCGUGCCGAUCCCACUAAAGUGGAGUCGCUGGUGGUUCAUCUGAACUCCUCUGCUGAAAUGAAACUUGUCCAGGUGAAAUGGCAUGAAGUAUGUUCUUGUACACCAGCGGCUAUUCUGGAGGUCCUCAAUGCCUGGGAGCAUGGGCUGCUAACUUUUGAAGCUGUGCAGAAAAUCACCGAUAACAUCAAGGGGAAGAUUUGCAGCAUGGCUAUCUGUGCAGUAGCAUGGUUAGUGGCGCAUGUUAGGAUGUUGGGUCUGGAGGAGCGUGAGAAACCAUUGCAAAUGAUCUGCCAGCUUGUAACACCACUCUAUGCAGAGAACACACUUCAAUUCUACAAUGAAAGAGUUGUUAUCAUGAGCCUGAUCUUAGAGCAGAUGUGUGCUGAUGUCCUGCAGCAGACAGCAACUUCUAUAAAGUUUCCUUCAGCAAACUUGGACCCCAUCCCAUACCGCAACCUUCUACCAGUUAAGAAACCAAUUAAAGAAGUGCUCAUUACCAAUUUCAACAAUAUACUGAAUAAAGGCUGGGUGGACAGCCGCUCCAUCCAUGUAUUUGAGGCACUGCUACAUAUGGGAGGUGUAUACUGGUUCUGCAAUAACUUGGUCAAGGAACUAUUGAAGGAGACGAGGAAGGAACACUGUUACAAAGCUGUUGAGCUCCUUCAUAGUGUGUUUUGCUUGGACAUGCAACAGAUCACCUUAGGCCUGCUGGGCCAUAUCCUGCCUGGGCUCCUGACCAAUUCCUUGAAGUGGCAGAUGCUCAUGGAUCCACCUGGAAGAGCUCUUGCCAAGCUCUCGGUCUGGUGUGCUCUGAGCUCUCAUUCCUCACAUAACAAGGGUCAGGCUACAGCCAAGCAGAGGAAAAGACACAGAGAAGAUAUUGAGGACUACAUCAAUUUAUUCCCUUUGGAUGACAGCCAGCCAUCAAAACUGUUACGAUUGUUAAGCUCAAAUGAAGAGGAUCCAAAUAUCCUUUCUAGCCCUGGUGACCGUUCAAUGAGCAGCUCGCUUUCAGCCUCUCAGCUUCACAACAUAAACAUGAGAGAUCCCUUGAAAAGAGUAUUGGCAAACUUGUUCCUCUUGAUUUCCUCAAUCCUGAGCUCAAAGGUGGCUGGUCCACACACCCAGUUUGUCCAGUGGUUUAUGGAAGAAUGUGUAGAGUGCUUGGACCAGGGGAGUCGUGGUAGCAUUCUCCAGUUCAUGCCUUUUACCAUGGUUUCUGAACUCAUGAAAUUGCCGGCCCUAUCCAAACCAAAGACUGUGCUUGCGAUAACUGACCUGAGCCUCCCUCUAGGACGCAGGGUUGCUGCAAAGGCAAUUGCUGCACUUUAAAGGCUGGUUGCUUGAACAGUGGAUGAAAGGAUCCAGAUCCUUUGUGGCCAGGACUUGGAAGGAAGGGCUCAGCUACCCAGAUGAGGCAUUACAUGGGCUGCUUUGGACCAAGCUGCAUUCAAGAAACAGUUGGAAAAGAUUUCUGGCAAUCUGCUAAACUAUGCCUCCUGACUUAGCCUGCUGUCAAACCUGUCAAAAGCCUUGAAUAUUUCUGAAUGACUCUGAUAUUCAGAAAUGUUAAUAAUCUAUUAAAAAUCAUUAAAUUUUUAAUUUUUUUUACUGAAGUAAAACAUGUAAAUUUACUUAAAAAUAAAAAAAAGCAUUUA